AUGUCCACCCACCAGCCAACCCCAACAAUCCUCCUCCCGGACCUUCCACCAAAAACCCUUGUCGGCAUUGACCUCAUCACCUUCACAUCAACCCCUAACUUCCACGGAAUUCGCGACCUUUCCCCAGGAUGGCACUUCCUCUACACCGGCGCAACAGAGACCCUCUCCCUACGCAGCGGCGCAUGGUUCUACAUCGGUGACAUCACCACCGCAGGGAAAGGGAGCAGCGACACAGCGCUUGUCACGCAAGGCCGAAACAAAAACGGAACCCAAAAUGCACCGGUCCCAGAGAUCUACAUCUGGAAAUGGUGCGCGAACACAGAGUCCCUAGUAGCGCUGGACAGUGAAAGCGACUCCGCUCGCCAGGAGAGCAUGCGCUACAAGGCGAAUCUAGGUUCUGUGUGGCAGAGUGGCGGGUUAUUCAAAUAUCGCAGUCGGAUUGCUCCCUCGAUGCUUGUCAAGCCCGUGCCGCAAUCAGAAUCUGGCGAAAAGAACGAAGAAGACAAACCCAAACCCGAAAUCGAAGCUCGCAUUCAAACCGAAGAUGAUGCGCAAACCGAAGAAAACGGACGGAGGGAUUGGUCUGGACUAACCAACCGCAUUUCACCAACCCUUCUAUCGCGCGUUAUUGGGAAUCCGGAGGUCGAUGUGGACGGUCAUCCGCGAUGGGUGUUAUCGUCUGCUUCAACGGCCACCCGAGACGCGGAUCAUAUCCCCGGCAUCGACUCGCCCGCCGAGCUGGAAAUAAGCGAGGAAGCGGAACGCGAAUUCGGUUUCAUCCCGGUUGAUUUGAAACGGACGUGGAGAGAGGGUGCUGUCGGGCGCGAAAGGACUGAAGCUGCGAAAGAUCGGUCUUGGGCUCUGGGAGACUUGAUCGAUCGAGAGGCGUUUAUGAGUGAGGUUAUUCGGAUUCUGUCGUUGCAGCUGCAGCGAUGUGAUGAUGUUGAUGGUGGACUGUUUGAGAUCGAUGGUGAUGAGGGUGGUGCUUUCCUCCGCGAUCUACUCAUUAAGCUGCGUCAGUCGGUCGAUGACCUCGUUGGCGAUAGUGCUUCCGAGGUCAAAUUGGAGCUUGACAAGCUUGAGGAGUGGGUGAAGGCGGAAUAUGACUGGGAGCUUCGUCGUGGGGCUGUCGUUCGCCGUGGUAUGCUCCAAUUGGAGGACGGUGAACAGGUCGAAAUGGACUGGGAUGGGAAUGACGAAGACGAGGAGACUGGAGAGUAUGCCCCGGUGAUUGUUGAUAUGUGA